AUGGGGACGGCGGGGCGGCGGCUGGCGUCGUCGGCGGUGGAGAUGCCCAAGGUACAGGUGCCCAAGCUAGACGAGGUAGUCAAGAUGUGCAGGGAUAAGGGCUUUGCAGCGGCGUCGGCCGGAGGAUACGGUGGGGCGCGCGGGUGCUACGACUACCUCCCGCUCGGGGCCGAGCUGAAGCGCAAGGUGCAGCAGCGGUGGUGGCGCGAGUUUGUGGAGAAGCGGAUGGGAGUGCACGGGGUGGAGACACCGAUUCUGACGCUGCCACGGGUGUUGGAGGCUGCGGGGCAUGUGGAGCACUUUGGCGAUCCGCUUAUCUCGUGCGCAGGCUGCGGGGCGCCGCUGCGGGCCGAUGCCGGCGGCGCGUGCACCGGGUGCGGCAAGAAGAAACAGCCGGCUGGGGCGAGCGACGCGGCAACGAUGUUCAAUCUGUUGUUUGAGACGGCGGCCGGGGCCGGCGAGGCCAAGCGGAGCAUGUAUCUGCGGCCCGAGACGGCGCAGGGCAUGUUCACCUCGCUCAACGAGACGGUCCGCGCGCUGCGGAUUGCGCAACUGCCGUUUGGCGUGGCGAGCAUGGGCAAGGCCUUCCGCAAUGAGAUCUCGCCGCGCGAGUUCCUGUUCCGCGUCCGCGAGUUUGAGCAGGGUGAGGUCGAGUGGUUCGUGGCGCGCGACGAGGCCGAUGCAGCCUUCCACGAGUGGCUCAACUUUUCGCACCAGUGGCUUGUCCGCCUCCUCAACCAUCCGCACCAGCUCCUUCGCGUCGAGCAUCACGAUGCCGGCUCGCUGGCGCACUACGCGCGGGCGACGGCCGACAUCGAGUUCAAGUACCCGUUCGGGUGGGGCGAACUGUGGGGCGUGGCUGACCGCGGGCAGCACGAUGUUCAGGCGCACGCGGCAGCGACGGGCGACAAGGUUCCGGCGCUUCUCGACGACGCAGUGGUCAUCGAGCCGUCUGUCGGCUUUGACCGCCUUGUCUUUGCGCUGCUUGUCGACGCCAUGGCCGUCCGCGAGGGCUCGGACGACGCCGAGCGGAGCGUGCUGCGGCUGGACCCGGCGAUUGCGCCGGUGACGGCGACAGUGCUCCCGCUGGUGGCCAAGGACGAGGAGCUUGUCAAGCAUGCCAAGGUCCUUGCCACCGGACUCUCAACCGUUAUCGGGAGCGUCAGCUACGAGGCCUCGGGCUCUGUGGGCAAGCGCUACCGGCGCGCCGACUCCAUCGGCGUCCCGUUCUGCGUCACUGUCGACGCACAGAGCCUCAACGACCAGACGUACACACUCCGCUUCCGUGACACCAUGCUCCAGGAGCGGGUGGACGUCAAUGAUCUCGUGGCGCGGAUCUCAGAGGCGACGCGAUAA